AAAACGGAUUCCACAUCAAAUAAACCUGCCUGCCGUCCUCAGUGACUCAGCUACAGCGACAUAUAAAAACACCAUCUCCCAGAAUGCUUAGCGUUGUCCUGCGCUUGCGUCAGUAGUGCGACGAAAAUCUGUUGCUAAACAAACCGAACCCGGAUGUUUUAACUUCAUUUAAUAAUGGAGUUGGAACAGCCAAAAGAAGACUGUGCUCCAGCCCAGCCAGCAUCCACACCUCCGCCUCAGUCCAAGAAACCAAGUCAGGCUCUGUACGUCCCCAAGCAACGCGUCCAGGGCGCCAAAGACAAAGCUCAGCCUCAGGGCGAGGUCAAACCAAGACCCAGGCCUCGCUACACAGACAAGGCAAGGAAAAAUGCAAAGAACAAGAAGGACAAGGCUGGAGCAGCGGAUAAGGGUCCUGUCGAUGGAGGUGAGCUACAGGAUGGUGACAGCAAGCCUGAUGUGAAGGAAGAGCGGUUACGGGAUGCAGAUGUGCAGAUUAAUGGGCACGUUGACUCAGAUGCAGAUGCUAAUUCACGACUGGAAGCGACAGGCUUUCAGGAAGAGCAGGAAGAGCAGGAAGAAGAGGAGAGUUGGGACACCUUGUUCAACGAUGAUGGAGAUUGUCUGGAUCCACACCUGCUGGAAGAGCUUGCCAUUAAGGAAGGUAGAAAGAAGGAUUCUGUCCAGCAGCCUAGGUUUGAUUACUACAACAUGGACCGAGACGACGAUGACGAUGAAGACAUCGACCUCAGUGAAGAUGAACUUGCUCACAUCGUAGAGAUCUACGACUUCCCCGCUGAGUUUAAGACGGAGGACCUUCUCAAGUUGUUUCAGUGUUACCAACAAAGAGGCUUUGACAUCAAGUGGAUUGAUGAAUCACAGGCCCUGGGCCUUUUCUCAAGCCCCAUAGCAGCCCGUGAAGCUUUAAGGUCCAAACACCCACUGAUGAAGUUGCGACCACUCUCCAAAUCCUCCUCUGCUACAAAGGCCAAAGCCCGUAGCUGCUCAGACUACCUCCUGCCUGCUAAAGAGAGACCUCAGACGAGUGCAGCUCUGGCUCGCAAGCUUGUAAUCGGUGCCCUUGGUGUUAAGAGCAACCUUACAAAGGAGCAGCGCGAUGCAGAGAGAAGGAAACUCCAGGAGGCGAGAGAUCAAAAGCAGAUGGCAGCCAAACAGAAGGAAGAUGCUUGGGAGGGGAAGUGACUGGACAGAAAACUACCCCCCAUCUGUUUUCUUUUUUGGAUUCAUUGAUACAGCAGAGGUUAAAGUCUGCUCCAUUUCUUCUCCUGCUCUGCUUUUCUCAACUGGCCACCCCUCCUACCACCACACUUCCCUGAAAUGGAUUCCCACCAUUUUUUCCUUCAGCAGUUCUUAGCAAGCUCUCACAGAAUGCCUCAUCAUCCAGUGUUACAUCAGAUGAGAGAAUACUGCUACUGCUCCCCCACCUCUAUGUUCAUACCUAUAUGUCCAUGCUGGCCAGGGCUAAUGCAACCGACUCACCUGCUUUCAUAUUGCUCAACCUUGUAACCACAGUCUGUAGUGAAGCACUGAGUCUAAUCAUUUAUAAAGGGUAACUAAUGCUUCAAAGUAAUAUUUUUUAAAUAGAUUUAAGCCAUUAUGUUUGUUUUUAUAUGGAAUUAUUUUAAUGUUUUUAAAGAUGACCCAAGUAAAUACACCUGUAAGUGCGAGGGCAGCAAAGCUUUCUGUUAAAGGUCCAUAAUAUUAGUUAUUCACUCAUAAUGAUAUAUUACGUCAUUCUACUGUAUAUGAAACAUUGUUGAGAUUAGACUCUGUUUGAGAAGUUGAAUUAAAAGUUGUCGUUUAAAAAAAAAAAAAAAAGCACCAUAGUUUACGGUCAGUGGAAUGCUCCCUUUUAUCUAAAUUGGAUUGGCUCCUCUUAUUAAAUAUUUACUGAGAAAUGAAAAGCCAAAGAAGAUUGAUGAUGAUGAUGAUGAUGAUGAUGUCGUUCAUUCUGAAGAGCAACUUUCAACCAAAUAAUCUUUUAGUUGACAGAUUUUGUCUUAGGCUUUAGAGGGGUGCUGCUGUACCUUGUCCCUGUUCAGAAACAACCACAGUCACGUGUCUGUCCAAUAAUGGAGACGAAAUCUAUGUAGACAAAUAGUUGUCCUUUAGCACAUUUACUUGUUUAAGACAUUGUGAAUAAUCUGGUGCUAGUACAUUAGUAAUCUACAUCCUGAAAAUGAGUAGCAUGCCGUCUGCACAGUGAAAUAUAGGGUCAGUGAACUUGAAUGAAGCUAUUGAGCAGAUGUUGUAUUUCCAUUGCAUAUGUUUUAAUUUGUCAAAACAAAGGAAAAAGUAUCCUGAAAUAAUAAACUGAAUAAAUGAGGUUUAAAAAAA